GAGGUUCUCAAGCUGGAAAGCUCUCAAUCGAGCCACAGCACGACUCAUUCAUGUUGCCAGAUCCUUCCAUGAAGGUGCGGACAACACCAGCUGCAGAGGCUGGCAUGACUGUAAUAAACCAUGCGGUACAAGUGAGUUGUCACAAGCCAAAACAGCAAUCAUUCACUGUGUGCAACAUGAAGCCUUCAGAGAGGAAUUCAAAUGCCUUGAAAAAGGAAAAGAGUUCCCUAAACAAAGUACACUCAAAAAGCUGAACCCAGUGAUUGAUGAGGAUGGGUUGCUGAGGGUGGGAGGCCGCUUAUCCUCCGCCGACAUGUCACAAGACGAAAAACAUCCUCUCAUCAUCCCACGGACACAUCAUGUCGCCACCCUGCUGGUAAGACAUUAUCACGAGCAAGUGGCUCACCAGGGCCGUCAUUUUUCAGAUGGAGCUAUUCGAGCAGCAGGCUUCUGGAUUAUUGGGAGCAAACGUCUGGUCUCUGGUAUCAUUCACAAGUGUGUCACCUGCCGCAAGGUUAGAGGAAGGUUAGUUGACCAAAAGAUGGCUGACUUGCCUGCAGACAGACUCUCAUCUGAACCACCAUUCACCAGCGUUGGACUUGAUGUGUUUGGACCAUGGAAUGUCAUAACUCGUCGCACUAGAGGUGGUAGUGCAGACUCCAAGCGCUGGGCGGUGCUCUUUACAUGUAUGUCUACUAGAGCAGUCCAUAUCGAGCUCAUCGAAUCCAUGUCCACAUCCAGCUUCAUCAACGCGCUGAGGCGUUUUUUCUCUAUCCGUGGUCCAGCAAAAGUGCUACGCUCUGAUCGAGGUACAAACUUUAUAGGUGCCUGCAGGGAACUGGGUAUCGACACAAAUGACUCAGAACUGACUAAAUACCUCUCAGAUAAGGGAUGUACUUGGAUAUUUAAUCCUCCACACUCGUCUCAUAUGGGUGGUUCUUGGGAGAGACUCAUUGGGGUUGCCAGACGUAUCCUUGAUGCUAUGCUGUUUCAGACGGGCUCCACUCGUCUCACACAUGAGGUCUUGAGCACUCUUAUGUCUGAAGUUAUGGCAAUAAUCAAUGCGAGACCCUUAGUGUCAGUGUCAACCGACCCUGACAUGCCUGCCAUUCUCACACCCUCAAUGUUACUGACACAAAAGACCAGCGCUACCUCAGCCCCUUCUGGAUACUUCAGCAUGAACGACCUUCAUGGAAAACAGUGGAAGCAAGUCCAGUGUCUCGCUGACACCUUUUGGAAAAGGUGGAGACAGGAGUACCUGACAACGCUGCAGAGACGCAGAAAAUGGACAGCAGAAAAGCCAAAUGUAAAAGUGGGAGACGUUGUCUUAUUGAAAGACAGUCAGGCACACAGAAAUGACUGGCCAGUCGGGCUUGUGGUCAAAACCUUUCCCAGUACUGACAAAAAGGUUAGGAAAGUAGAACUAAAAAUUGUCAAGCAAGGAGCUGCUAAGGUGUUUCUGAGACCAAUCUCAGAGAUUGUUGUUCUUCUUUCUGAAGCAUCCUAGAGACAAAAGAUACAAAUAGAAAGGACAUUAUUUGUUUCUUGAUAUGUUUUAUUUCAUAGUGGCACAAUUUCAUUAUACCAGGCGGGGAGUGU